AAAAAUAGACAUAAAAAAUUAGGCGCCCCCGAAAAAAAGAUCUCUUUAAAAUCCCAACAAGUACCAGCUCUCGUUCUUUCUUUCGUUCUUUCUCCCUCUUCAAACAUAAACAACCACCACUCUCUCUCCUCUGCUUCGUUAUCUCCUUGCUCUUCUCCACCAUUUUCUGAGUGAUUUGAAGGGUGAGCAUUAUGGAUUUUGAUGAGUAUGAUUAUUUAGAGAAGACGGUAGAAAAUCCUGAGCCACAGAAAUCGAAAGAAGCUGCCAAUGGGGGAGAUGACCUAGUAAAAUCUGGGGAGAAGGAACGUAGCCGGAGUUCUCGGCGUAGGGGUGAGGACACUGAGGAUGAAGAUCGCAAAUCUAAGCGCUCUAGAUCUGGGGAUGAUGCACGUGAGCGUGAUCGUGAUCAAGACCCGGACCGGAAUAGGGAGAAGCGUUCAUCCAGGCAUCGAUCACGAUCUAAGGAAAGAGAAAGGAGCGAGAAGGAUGGGGAGAGGCGUAGAAGUAGCAGGGGAGAUAGGGAUAAGGAUAGAGAUAGAGAAGAGAGAAAUGGGAGGGACCGUGACCGAGAUAGGGAUAGGGAAAGAGAACGUGAAAGAGACCGUGAUUCUGGUAAAAAGGAACGUGAUCGUGAGAAGGAGGGUGAGAGGGACAGAGAUGAACGUGAUCGACGUAGCAGGAGUCAUUCAAUUAGACAUCGGGAGGAUGGGGAGAGAACUAGGGAUAAGGAAUACAGAGAGAAAAGCCGGGACAGAGAGAUUGUUGAGAAGAGCCGGGAAAAAGAAAGAGAAAGAAGUCAUGACAGAGAUAUCCAUGACAAAGAAAGGAGACGUCACAAGGAAAAGAAGGAUGACACAACAGAACCAGAGGCUGACCCUGAGCGGGAUCAGAGAACAGUCUUUGCUUAUCAGCUCCCUCUAAGGGCAGAUGAAAGGGACAUUUUUGAAUUUUUCUCUAGAGCUGGAAAGGUUCGAGAUGUACGGCUCAUUAUGGACCGUAAUUCUAGACGUUCCAAAGGAGUUGGUGCAUCAAUUCUCUACUUUAGGAACAUCUCUGUGCUAUUGGUUCAAUUUCUAAAAACUGUUGUGAUCUUGAGCUAUAUAGAGUUCUAUGAUGUAAUGUCAGUUCCCAUGGCUAUAGCACUCUCUGGGCAACUUAUCCGUGGACAACCAGUCAUGGUUAAACCCUCCGAAGCUGAGAAAAAUCUGGUCCAGUCUACAUCUUCUACAGCAGCAGGUCUUACUGUUUCAGGGGCAGCACGUAGGUUAUAUGUUGGAAAUUUGGUUCCUAACAUUACGGAAGAACAACUUCGUGUGGUUUUUGAAUCAUUUGGGAUUAUCGAGUUGGUGCAGUUACCUCGUGAUGAAGCAGGUCUUUGUAAAGGUUUUGCUUUUGUCCAGUUUGCACGUCUUGAAGAUGCUAAGGCAGCUCAAGUUCUAAAUGGACAACUGGAUAUUGGUGGUCGGGUUAUGAAGGUUUCAGCUGUCACUGAUCAACCUGGAAUGCAAGAUGCAGGGGCAACUACUGGUGAUUUAGAUGAUGAUGAAGGCGGUGGCAUGGCUUUAAAUGCAAGUUCUCGAGCGCUUCUCAUGCAAAAGUUGGAUCGCAGUGGCAAUUCUACCGGUGUUGGUGGUUCACUUGCCUCUUCAGCUGUUAAUACUGGAGCUCUUUCUGUGGUUUCUGCACCAAUGCCCGGGGUUGCUCCUGGAGUUUCUCCUCUCACACAGCCUUCUGUAGUUCCUCUUGGAGGAUUGCCUGGUGCUGGUCUUUCUGCUCCCCUAGGCACUCUUUCAAUGGCUGACACUAUAGGUGUCCCCAGUGAGUGUCUAUUGUUGAAAAAUAUGUUUGAUCCAAAGCUAGAGACUGAACCUGAUUUUGAUCUUGAUAUAAAGGACGAUGUGCAAGAUGAAUGUGAGAAAUAUGGGCCUUUGAAGCACAUCUUUGUAGACAAGAACACUGAAGGAUUUGUAUACUUGAAAUUUGACAACACCCAAUCAGCAAUGAAUGCACAACGCGCACUACAUGGCAGAUGGUUUGCAGGGAAGUUGAUUAGUGCAACAUACAUGCUACCACAAGAUUACGAGGCUAAAUUUCCGGAGAGCAGAUGAGAAAUUUUGUCGUGGACUUGCAGCUUUGGAAGAUGAUUGAAGUUGUAUACGGGUACAGAGAGAAGGCCUGGGGGAUUUUAAGUAUCAUUUUCCCUUUUUUAGGUAAUCUUUGGCUGGUUGGCCUAUUGGGUAUCAUAGCAAGUGCAGGUCCUGCAGGAGUACUUAUUUAUUCCCAAAAAUGCAGUGGUAUUAGAUUGAUAGGUUGGAUUGUUAUAAAAAUGUUGCCGAUUAUUGUUUUUCAAAAAAUUUGCUUAAGCAUUUUUGUAGAAUUCUAAUACUUGUAACCAAGUCUUUGUUAUCCUUAAAUUUUGGAUUACUGCCUUUUAGGUCUCAAAAACAUGCAAUAUGUUACUUCCUAUAUGAUACCUGUUUACGCUUA